AUGGCUAGUGAGGAGAGUUUUCUAGUUCUGGUACACUACAGAGGGUCGAUUAAGAGAAAAACUCGGUCCGGCGUGAAGUUCACUGAUAAGGAUCCCCUAUGUAUUAUCGUGACGCCAACAACCACCUACGAUGCUCUUGUUAGCUCUGUGCUGGAGAAGCUUGGUCUUGAAGGAGUUAAAAGGGUCAAGAAGUUUUUCUACCGCAUUCCAACAGCAGUGCUCCAUGACACCGUGAAGUUUGAUUGUUUCACAAUCGAUAGUGACGAGGACUUGCAGGUUAUGUUUCUUUCUCGUAGGCAGUUUCCCGAGGUAAGGACACCAGAGCUGUUGGCAAAGUUGGUUGAUGUGGUAUCUAGCUCGGGUGGUUCGAACCGGAAUGCCAAUACUAUAGCCGCGGUUGCCGGCUCGAGCUCGAGACCUGCUGUUGCUUCAUCCUCUGCUCCUGUGUAUGAGCCACCGAUGCAGGCUGUUGCGUCCCCUUCGUUUGCCGUUGAUCUGAGCGGCAAUGUUGGAGAAGAGGUUCGGUAUGGGGAACAUAUUCCCACCGAGGUACAUUGUCCCACACCGGCUGGUGUUGGUGAUGGUUUGUUUGAUGAUCCAGAUGACGAUGAGGUGGAGCCGGAUAUGAUCGCUGAUGAAAGCGGCGAUGAUGUUGGAACUACUGUUCCGACAAGGGCUACAGGUGGAUGUAGUUCUGGCACACAGCAGUAUCCACCCCAUUUUUCCUCAUUGGACCUGGAUGCCAUGCGGCAGGACGACAAUGCUCUGCAGGCCUCAGGAUUUGGUGCUAGAGAUACUGAGGGGUCUGCCGGUAUGAACGAGUUCCAGGUUGGCCAACAAUUUCAGGAUAAAGAUGAGGCGCUGUUGAGUGUGAAGACGUACAGUAUCCGCCGAGGGGUCCAGUACAAGGUCGUUGAGUCUGACUACCGCAGGUAUGUGGGAAAGUGUUCUGAGUUUGGGAAUGGGUGCACAUGGCUAAUUCGGUUGAGUCUUCGACAGCGGAAGGGUAUCUGGGAAGUGAAGCGAUACAACGGACCACAUACAUGUCUUGCCAGCUCCAUCUCCAGCGACCAUAGGAGUCUGGACUACCAUGUCAUAUCCACCUUCAUUAUGCCGAUGGUUAGGGCUGAUGCAGCUGUGAACAUCAAGGUGCUUCAAAAUGCCACGGCCGCACACUUUGGGUUCAGGCCUACGUACAGGAGGGUAUGGAUGGCGAAGCAGAAGGCCGUUGCCGUCAUAUAUGGGGACUGGGACGAGUCGUACAAUGAGCUCCCUAGGUGGGUUUUAGGAGUUCAGCUGACGAUGCCUGGCACUGUAGCCGUCCUCAGGACUUGCCCUGUUCGAGUUGGGGGACAGGUUGACGAGUCUCAGGCAUUCCGUAAUUGCAAGCCUUUGGUGAGUAUUGAUGGCACCCAUUUAUAUGGGAAGUAUGGGGGAACACUGCUAGUCGCCAUUGCACAGGACAGAAACUCGAACAUCCUCCCCGUGGCAUUUGCACUAGUUGAGGAUAGGCAUAACGGCAUCAAGGCAGCCCUCGAGGCUCCGGAUGGGGGAUGGCUACCCCCUACUGCGUACCGGGCGUUCUGCAUUCGACACGUUGCAGCGAAUUUUGCCUUGACGUUCAAGGGAAAAGAUGCCCGGAGGCUUCUUGUUAACGCCGCAUAUGCCAAGACCGAGGUGGAGUUCGAGUACUGGUUUGACAUUCUGCGCUCUGAGAAUCCGGCAAUGUGUGACUGGGCGAACCGAAUCGAGUAUUCGUUGUGGACACAGUACUGUGAUGAGGGUCGGAGAUUCGGGCACAUGACGACCAAUAUUUCGGAAUGUGUCAACUCAAUCCUGAAGGGGGUUAGAAACCUCCCUAUUUGCUCGCUGGUGAAGGCCACAUACGGAAGGCUAGCUGAGCUAUUUGUCCGUAAGGGUAGGGAGGCCGAGGCUCAGAUGGGGUCUAAGACUUGUGAUUGUGGAUACUUCCAAGCACUUCAUUUUCCCUGUCCGCACGCACUGGCAUGCUGUGCUUAUUCACGGCUUACAUGGCAGCCUUACGUCCACGAGGUAUAUCGCCUUAGCUCCGUUUUCGGUGUCUAUCAGAUGGGCUUUGCCCCUCCCAUUCCAGAGGGUUUCUGGCCACCUUAUGCCGGGCCUACCGUUAUACCGGAUCCGAGUAUGAGGCGUGCAAGGGAGGGUCGUCCUAGAUCCACAAGAAUUCGCACCAACAUGGACGAAGCAGAUCCGAACCGGCCAAAGAGAUGUGGUCUCUGCAAGCAGCCAGGUCACACCAGGCGUAGUUGUCCACAAGCCGCAGGCCCCAGCGGGACUGCUGGAAAUCAGUAG